ACGGGCAGAGCAACUUCCUCUUCCGGAGCGCUCAGGGGAGGAAGGAGGCGUGCGGGGAGGCUUUUGUGCUCUUCCCAGGAUCGAAGCAGCAGCUGGAAGGCUGAAAACAUGAAUUUUCCCACAUAGAUAUAAUUAUAGAGAUUUGUUGAACACUGCUGGAAUACUUUUGUGAAUAAAGGAAAAUAAACCCCUUUGGUUAAUUCUGCAGGUCCUUGUCCUACUUUCCAAACAAAGAGGAUGGCAAUAAGAGCACUCUGGAGAAGUGAGAAUAAUUUUUGAAAAGGAAAGCAAAUCAAGCCAGAAAUCAAAAUAUUUUCCAUUUCCUUCAGAAAAUUACACAAUUCUCCCAUCCCAGCAGGCGAAAGGCAAGAGAAAAUCAAGAAGAGAUUUCAAGCUGGAAAUAGUAGAGUAUGCGGAACAGAAGAACACGGUACAUGACAAGAUGAAGGGGAUCAUUUUUCUGUUCAGAAAAAGAGGGUAAUAUCUGAAAGUCAGUGGGGAAGAAAAGGUCAGUUGGAUACUCAAAUAGGGCAGACAGUAAUGCAGAACUCCCAAUGGGAUGAAAAAAACAGUAGGUGAAAUCAAAGCCCCACUAAACAAGGGACCACACACAUUUUUGACUUCUUCCAGCAUAUCAGUGGUGAAAAAGGUCCACAGAUGUCAAUAUUGUGGUAUAAAGCACAGUUUGCAAAAACAUAGGUGAUUACGUACAAGAGGACCCAAACUGGAAAAAAGGCAUACAAAUGCUACUAAUGUAACAAAAUCUUUGGUUAGAAUAUCUCCCUUGUGGUUCGUAACAGGACCCACACAGGACAGAUGCCCUAUAAGUGCUCCCAAUGUAGUAAAUGCUUUACCAAGCAAAGUAAUUCACACAGGAGAGAAACCAUAGGAGUGUCCAGUUUGUGAGAAAAGUUUCGCUGUAAAUUACUACCUGGUGAACUACCAGAUGUCUCACACCGGAGAGAAACCCUUUGAAUGUCGUGAGUGUGGGAAAGGUUUCAGUUGCAGUUCCAAACUGGUGAGACAUCAGAGGACUCACACAGGAGAGAAACCCUUUGAAUGUCUGGAUUGUGGGAAAUAUUUCAGCCACAAUCCUAGUCUGAUGGUACACCAGAGGAUGCACAAAGGAUUGAAACCCUUUGAAUGUUCUGAUUGUGGGAAAUCUUUCAUAAACAAUUCCAUCUUGGUGAUACAUCAGAGGACUCACACAGGAGAGAAACCAUAUGAGUGUCCUGAUUGUGGGAACCAUUUCAGUCAGAAUUCCAGUCUGGUGAAACAUCAGAGGGCUCACAAAGGAGAAAAACCCUUUGAAUGUUUGGAUUGUGGGAAAAGUUUCAUUGCAAAUUCCCACCUGGUGAACCACCAGAGGACUCACAAAGGAGAGAAACCCUUUGAAUGUUCAGAUUGUAGGAAAUCUUUCAUACACAAUUCAAGCCUGGUGGUGCAUCAGAGGACUCACACAGGAGAGAAACCAUAUGAGUGUCCAAUUUGUGGGAAAUCUUUCAGACACAAUUCCAGCCUGGUGAUACACCAGAGGACUCACACAGGAGAGAAACCCUUUGAAUGUUUGGAUUGUGGGAAAUGUUUCAUUGCAAAUUCCCACCUGGUGAACCACCAGAGGACUCACAAAGGAGAGAAACCCUUUGAAUGUUCGGAUUGUGGGAAAUCUUUCAUACACAAUUCCAGCCUGGUGGUGCAUCAGAGGACUCACACAGGAGAGAAACCAUAUGAGUGUCCAAUUUGUGCGAAAAGUUUCAGUCAAAAUUUCACCUUGGUGAACCACCAGAGGACUCACACAGGAGAGAAACCUUUUGAAUGUCCUGAAUGUGGGAAACGGUUCACUAAGAAUUCCCAACUGGUGAUACACCAGAGGACUCACACGGGAGAGAAACCCUUUGAAUGUCCUAAAUGUGGGAAAAGUUUCAGUCAUAAUUUCUGUCUAGUGAUACACCAGAGGACUCACACAGGAGAGAAACCGUAUGAGUGUCCCCUUUGUGGGAAAGGUUUCGUUGCAAAUUCCGACCUAGUAAACCACCAGAGGACUCACACAGGAGAAAAACCGUAUGAGUGUCCACUUUGUGGGAAAAGUUUCAUUGUAAAUUCCAACCUGGUGAGACACCAGAGGAUUCACACAGGAGAAAAACCAUAUGAGUGUCCAGUUUGUGGGAAAAGUUUCAGUUCCCGUUCUAACCUGGUGAUACACCAAAGGACUCACACAGGAGAAAAACCCUUUGAAUGUCCUGAAUGUGAGAAAAGGUUCACUCAGAAUUCCCAACUGGUGAUACACCAGAGGACUCACACAGGAGAGAAACCGUAUGAGUGUCCAGUUUGUGGGAAAAGUUUCACUUCCCAUUCUAACCUGGUGAUACACCAAAGGACUCACACAGGAGAAAAACCCUUUGAAUGUCCUGAAUGUGGGAAAAGGUUCACUCAGAAUUCCCAACUGGUGAUACACCAGAGGACUCACACAGGAGAGAAACCGUUUAAAUUUCCUGGAUGUGGGAAAACUUUCAUUGCAAAUUCCAACCUACUGAAACACAAGAGAACUCACACAGACGAGAAACCCUUUGAUGCCCUGAAUGUGGGAAAAGUUUCUGGAAGAACACUGACCUGGUAAACAACCAAAGGACUCACACAGGAGUGAAACCAUAUGAGUGUCCACUUUUUGGGGAAAGUUUCAUUGUAAAUUCCCACCUGGUGAUACAUCGGAGGAAUCUCACAGGAGAGAAAUCUUAGUAAUAUUCUUAUUGACGGAAAGGUUUCAUAUCAAAUUCACACCUGGUGAAACACCAGAGGACUUACACAUGAGAAAAACCCUUUGAAUGUCCUGAAUGUGGGAAAAGGUUCACUCAGAAUUCCCAACUGGUGAUACACCAGUUGAUUCCUAGUUCAGGAGAACAGCUGACAAUAAAGGAAGAUAUUUUGGCCUACUUAUCACACUGACCUUGGAUUAUAAAUGCCUACUAAGCGUGGACUUUUAACUUCAAGAGCUAGUGGGAGAGAAAGAAAAAUUUCACCUUGGACUAUGUCUGGCUGGGAGAGACUUUUGAGCUGCUUUCAGAGAGAUUGAACAUAUUGAACAUGUGGAUUACAAACUUGCCUGAUUGACAAUUUUUGGAUACUUAAGACAAAGGAUUACUAUAAAAUAUUGCUUUCAGGAUUGAACCUACACUUUGGAAUUUAUUGGAUGAUAAAGGGUACAUAUAAAGACCAGAACACUAGAGGAAACUUCGAUCUACUCUUACGGAUACUGGUGAUACUAGAGGAUCUCUAGGAAUGAUGCCUCAAGAAAAAAUAAACAGCUUUCAGAAAGAAAUAUAUUCUAUGCUACAACUAAUUCACCAAACAAUUGUUGAAUGCAAAGAGCACAUAAAAAGAAAUGAUGAGACUAAAAUCAAUUUAGACAAUAUAAAUGAGCAAAUCUCCAAAUUAAAUUUACAACUAGAAAUUCCCAGAUAACGAAUACAAAGUAGGAACAUAAUUCAGAAAUCAGAAGACGAAACAGGAAACUGAUUUUGAGAUGGGAGAGAUAAAAGAAGGGAAAUGUAAACAACUAUAUACAAACAAAAUACUGCAAGACAUAGCUAUAACAAUGAAAACGUAAAAUACCUUUUACCCCUUAGGUCUUCAAAAUAUAUUGAUGGCAAGGAAGAUCAUCUUAAAAAUGGAAUAUAGAGCUGCUAGGGGAAAUGUCACAAGUUCAGAGGCAGGGAAUGAAAAGAGAAAUGGAGAAUGGAACUGGGAGUUGUUAGGAGUCAAAACAACGUGAUACCAUAUAAUCAAUGACAAUGUCGUGCAAAUGCCUUAGACAGAGAUGGGACAAGCAUUUUUUUCAGCUUCCUAUCUGGAGAUGCCAGUCAAAGCCGUCUUUACAGUAGCGGCAUCUGUGGUUGAGCUUAAAAGAUUUAAAACCAUCAAGUACUGCAUUGCUACAAAGAAUAGAAGAAGAGAAGCACAGAGGAAUUUCCUCUUCCGGAUCACUCAUGGAAAGAAGAUGGUAUACAGAGUGGCUUUUGUGCUCUUCCCAGGGUUGAAGCAUCAGCUGAAAGGCAAAGAGGAUGGCAAUAAGAGCACUCUGGAGAAGUGAGAAUAAUUUUUGAAAAGGAAAGCAAAUCAAGCCAGAAAUCAUGAUAUUUUCCAUUUCCUUCAAAAAAAAUUACACAAUUUUUGGAUGGCCACAUAGGGCAGACAGUGAUGCAGGCCUUGCCCAGGGAGGAAAAAAACCUGCUUGAAUCAAACUAUCACUAAACAAGAGACCAGCUAUAUUUUUGACCUCCUCAAGAAUAUCAGUGGUGGAAAAGCUCCAUUGAAUGUCCUGAAUGUGGGAAAGGUUUCAGGGAGAAUUCAAACCUGGUAAACCACCAGAAGACUAACACGGGAGAGAAACCGUAUGACCGUCUAGUUUGUGUGGGAAGUUUCAUUACAAAUUCCCACCUGGUAAAACAUCAGAGGACUCACACAGCAGAGAAACUGUAUGAGUGUUCAGAAUGUAGAAAAAGUUUCAGUUACUGCUAAUCCUGUGAUACAUGAGAGGACUCAUACAGGGGAGAAACCAUAUGAGUGUCCAGUCUGUGGGGAAAGUUUCAUUUCAAAUUUCAACCUGGUGAAACACCGGAGAAAAACCAUUUGAAUGUCCUCAUUGUGGGAAAAGUUUCAAGAAGAAUUCUGACCUGGUAAAACACCAGAGGAUUCAAAUAGGAGAGAAACUAUAUGAGGGUCCAAUUUGUGGGGAAACUUUCAUUGCAAAAUCUGACCUGGUGAAACACCAGAGGACUCACACAGCAGAGAAACCCUUUAAAUGUUGUGAUUGUGGGGAAAGUUUCAGUUAAAACUCCAGCCUGGUGAUACACCAAUUCUAUUUUAUUUGGAAAAAGAACUUAAAUCGGAUAAGAACCUAGCCCGGGAUCUGAAAAAGAUUUUAAAUGUUAUGGGGGACAUCUUAUUACUUCUGACAAAAACACUUGCUCAGAGCCCAGAUUUGACCUUAGUAUUAUCUAUGAAAGACUUAACUCUGAGAGAGCAGCUGGGAGGUGAAAUUGGUUUCUGAGAACAGUAGAGGUGAACAUUUAUUGACUCUUGUUUAAUAAACUACUAACUCAAGAAACAACAGGAGUGGAACAAGUGAAUACCAAGACAGAGGCCUUUACAGAACAACAAGAACAGAUUAUUGAAAAUCCAGACAACGAAACAAGAACUCCAAAACUGGAAAUGACCUUCUAUGCAAAUCAGAAGAAAUUUGAGGAAAAAAAAGACCAGAUCGAAUUGAAGACAACUGUAUCAGAACAAUUACGAGGAUCUGGGAUACCAGGGCAACAACCUAAUGAUUAUAAAUUGGCCAGAACUUUCAGAAAAUUGGCAAUUAGAUGGUCUCCUUUAAUUCAAAUAAUAUAUACAAGAAUGAAGGGAGAUCUAUCUGAUGAUUUAAAAGCAUUGACAUGGAAGCCUGGUUGGCAAAAGAAGAAAGCUAGAAUUAGGUUGAAAAGCUGGGCCUUUUUGAUUUAUUAGACUCUAACCUGUCAGCUAGCGGGCUAAAGGGAGAUUUUGAGAUAAAGGGAAAUUUGAUUAUUAGAUUUAAAAUAGUCGGAAAACAGUAAAAAAAUAAGGGAAUAAUUUGCCUAAUAUUGAAGAUUUAGAUUUACAAGGGAAAUGUAAACUAACUAUUAGGAAAUAGGUUUGAAUUAUUGAUUAGCCCAGAGAAUAUAGUUGAUGGAUCUGAACUAAUAAAAGUCACUUUAUUAUUAAGGUGGUGAUGUAUUAGGAUGGGGAUAUGAAAAUGUUUAUGGAAUAAAAUAAGAAUAUAGUUAAGUAAUAAAUAUGUGUAUUUCAGAUAUUAUAAUUAUUAUGAAGUGAGAUAAAGGAAAUUUGGGUUACCUGAAAGUUGAAUACUAUGGCAUUAAAGAUCAAACUGGAAAUAUGUAAUUAAAAAUUAAAAAUAGGUAAUAUUUAAUAAAAGGACAUUGAUUAUCGAGAUUUAUUAAGAUAUGUAUAAACAAAACAAAUGUAUAAAUGCAAUAAUGAAGUUUAUACUGAAUUUUGAUACAACUAGGAAUUUAUUAGCUUAAAUAUGAAAUAAUGUUAAGGGAAACAGAAGAAAUUUUUCAUAAUGUAACCUGAAAUAUCUCAUCUACUAAAGAUUGUUGUUUAAUCCAAUUACCACAUUGCCUUCUAAAUACUUAUAUGUAAAACUGGAAAAUCGAUAAAAAAAAAUUUUUUU